UCGCCGAGGGCGCAUUGGGACACGCCAGCUUUCCUUGCAUUCCGGGUCAUACACACAAACAGCAUAUUAUAUACUCUUAAGGGUUAAUUCUUAAUUGGCUGCUGAUAGCCUUUAACAUUUUUGAAAAUAUCAAAGUAACAUCUGGAGUCUUUGAGCGCAGACCACACCUUUGCAAACAUCAACCAGGGCGCACAGAACAAUGUCAAGUAGUUGGGCCGCAUCUCUUGGUAAGAAGCAGUAUUACCGUUAGGUGGGAAUGUGUCUUAGGAAAGAGUCAGCCGUCCCACCUGUUCUUGGCUCCUUAAUACUCUUAUAUUGCUUUCAUCAGUAAAAAAACAUUCCGACCACCCCCGAAUGUCUUCAUCCCAUUCUGUACCCACUGGGCGGGAAAGCUUCUGGAGCAUUGGUUAAACUGCCUGUUGGAGGUCCCUCUUGUAAUGUGGGGCCUUCUAUGUUUCAGGGCUUGGGCUUGGAGGAAGCUGACAGUGGACCCAAGGAUUACAGGACUGGAGUUAGUUGUAUGGGACCUACUGCCCAGAAACAUUCCUCUCCUGGAGGCUUAGGACAGGUUGCUGUCCACCCAAAGGUCCAUGGCAGUUUCAAGGGACUCUAUUUGUGGGGAAGGUGUGAGUUUCAUCCAGGAGGGAGAGAGAAGUAUCUUACUUGGCUUCGCCUGCUUUUUGUGACUCUUAAAAGUUGCAUUUCAUCCCUUGAGAUGAUGUAGUGUAGUUCCUUUGGAUUCUUCAAAGCCUCAGCCUCUCAUGGUUUCUCAGUUAGCCCCGAGUUCACAGACGGGAGAACUGCAGCCUGGAGGCAUCUGCUGACCCAGCCAGGUUCAGCUGAAUGAGGAGUCCAGCUAGCUCCCACUCCAGGUUUCCCAUGAUUCCGGAUUCUGAGCCUUGGAGAAACCUGUUGCCCUCAAAUCUAGUGGUUGCAGCUUUUCGGACGUAUGCCACCGAUUAUAAAAUGGUAACCUCCAACACAAGCUCUGGAAACGUAAGCAUUGAAAAGAUCCCCAUUGGCACUGAGAUCGAAGGGAUGAACAUUUUGGGAUUGGUCCUUUUUGCCCUGGUGUUAGGAGUGGCCCUAAAGAAACUAGGCUCAGAAGGAGAAGAGCUCAUCCGUUUCUUCAAUGCCUUCAAUGACGCGACGAUGGUGCUGGUGUCCUGGAUUAUGUGGUAUGUACCUGUGGGCAUCAUGUUCCUGGUUGGAAGCAAGAUUGUGGAAAUGAAGGACAUCGUCGUGCUGGUGACCAGCCUGGGCAAAUACAUCUUUGCAUCUAUUCUAGGCCAUUUCAUUCAUGGAGGAAUUGUUCUGCCACUUAUUUAUUUUGUUUUUACACGAAAAAACCCAUUCAGAUUUCUCCUGGGCCUCCUCACGCCAUUUGCAACAGCAUUUGCCACCUGCUCCAGCUCAGCGACCCUUCCCUCCAUGAUCAAGUGCAUCGAAGAAAACAACGGUGUCGAUAAGAGGAUCAGCAGGUUCAUUCUCCCCAUCGGGGCCACUGUGAACAUGGACGGUGCGGCCAUUUUCCAGUGCGUGGCCGCGGUGUUCAUUGCCCAGCUGAACAACGUACAGCUCAACGCAGGGCAGAUUUUCACCAUUCUAGUGACCGCCACAGCGUCCAGUGUUGGAGCAGCAGGCGUGCCAGCUGGAGGGGUCCUCACCAUCGCCAUUAUCCUGGAGGCCAUCGGGCUGCCCACUCAUGACCUGUCUCUGAUCCUGGCCGUGGACUGGAUUGUGGACCGCACCACCACCGUGGUGAACGUGGAAGGGGAUGCCGUGGGUGCAGGCAUUCUCCAUCACCUGAACCAGAAGGCCAUGAAGAAAGGAGAGCAGGAACUGAGCGAGGUGAAAGUGGAAGCCCUCCCCAACAGCAAGUCGGAAGAAGAGACGUCCCCUCUGGUGACUCACCAGAACCCCGCUGGCCCUGCAUCCACCGCCUCAGAACUGGAAUCCAAGGAGUCAGUUCUGUGAUGGGGGCUGGGUUUCGGGCUUGCCUGCCAGCAGGGGCACCCCACCCUGUCAGUCCAGCCACUGGACAUGGGCCACUGCCCUCGCCAACUUGAACCUCCUGAGCAAUGCUUUGGCCCAGUGACCAGUUCGAGGAUGAUCUGGCAUUGGGCUUCCCCAUGGAACUGGUUACCGAGGACCAGGACACUCUGUCAUUUGGCUUGAUCCAUGCCCAGCUGCAACCGUGUUAACACUGAGGAUCUGUUUGGAAACACACCAUUGAGCUGCCAGGCACUGGGAAACAAUGGACUCACGGGGACCUGGUGGUUCAGGCUUGUGAAAAUGCUGGUGUAUUCUUCUUUGCACCCAGCCAGCUCUGCAUUGGGUGCUUUCUGGGCAAACCGAGGGCUUUCACUGUCAUCUGUUGCAUUGCCUCGUGAGCGGUAGUAAUAGGAAAAAUUCCCAAAUUCUUAGCCUUGGCUGGAAUGCGCUGGGCUGGCACUGGAAGUGUUUUCAAGAGUCUGUACUACAACAAGGUGGGGGUUGGCUUCUGAUUCUCUAGUUGCUGGAGGCAGACUGUACAGAUGGGUGUUAGCAUGCUUGGGUCCCUGACCAUUGGUAUUAAGUGAACAAUGUAAAUUCUGAGGUCACAGAAGGGUGAGGGAGUGCAGCUUGCAGGGGGAAGGGAAGUACCCGAAACAGGAAUGGAAGUAUGUACACAAUUGUCCCCCCUCUCUAUGCAGCCCUGGGCCUCUGACAACGCUGUAGCUUUAUCUCCAGCAACUCUGAUUUGGCGACGGGCCAGAGCAAGAUUGCCUCUGGGGAGGUGUGAUGUGAUCAUCACAUUCAGCACCCUCGUUGGCUGAUCAGUGCAUUAUUUUACUUCAGCUAGGCCCUCCUUACAAUGCUUCAUUGCAGCAAAGGCAAACAAAAAGCAAACACCACAAAAACAACCACCACCCCACUAAUUGAGGUGGGGGCGUCUCCACUCCCAGGACCCCUGGCUUUGGCUAAUUUCCAUAGAACUUAAACCCUCCGUUCCUGCCAGUGCAUCAAAGUUCAAAAUUUUAAGCGCAAUGGUCCACAUUCCUCCAGUUACCUGCUGACUUGGUCUCAGUCUAGAUGAGUUGUUUCGUGGAGAAGACCGUGUAUUUCCAGUGGGAGAGAAGACCAAAAAGGCAGUACCGCUGUCUUACUGUGGCUCUUGGUGUGACCUGCAGCAAGUCCUGGGGCCUCACUUUACCCCAUUUGUAAAAUGGGGCUAAUGUCACCGGCCUCCUGCCUACCUCAGAGGGAUUUGGUGGGGCAAACUGAGUGAAUCUGUGCAAAUGACUGUUUCGCUUCGCGUAUAUCAAGUGCUGAUAGUACCCAUGGACUCUUAUUUUUUUCUACCCAAGUGGCAACAUUGCUGCAUGGAGGCCUCAUGUGCGUGGGCAGCCAGCUUUCAUGAGCAGGAGCUUGUUCUCUGUGUACGUUGGCAGACUUUUAUCAUGUCACUUGUUUAUGCAGUGGUUUUAUAGCAUCUAAUAUAGCCCCUCCUGAUGUUCUUCAAAUUUUAAUGAAUUAAGUACCCCACCUUCCACCACAUUCCUGGGUACCCAACUUCACCGUGACUCCCAGCCCCAGGCACUGUUCCUGCUACCCCACAACAGGCCAUUAAGGUCCCCAGAUUUUCAGCCUCAUUCAUCCCCUUUUCCCAGUUGCUGUGAGUCACCCAGGCCCUAAGAAGGGGCAUACACCAUUGCGAUGAAAUGGGUGGCUGGGUCAGAGACCACCGGCCUCUCCCCAUUUUAAAACUGGGGGCCUGUGCCUGAGCAGAAGGAAUGGGAAGGAGCCCUGCUGGGCACAGAGCUAACCUUGGCUGUGAGAAGCCCAGCAGUAGACCAGCUAAGCCACUCCAGUGUCCUGUUAAGCCAGGAGGAAAUGGGAAUUGAGCUGAGAGGUGCCUGCAAACUUUUGCCCUCUGGUUGGAGCUUGUUGCUAACACGCUUCUGUUCUCAAAGGGAAAACAAUCACAUUUGGUUUGAUUCCAAAACUGCAAGUGAACCUUCACUAUUUUUCAGGCUUCGGUACAGCUUCUCCUUCCUUCUUCCAUAUAGAGUUAGCGCCAAUACAAGGAAGUUUGAGUCUGGAUAGAGGUGAACAAAACACUGCAUGUUGUAUGGCUUUGCCAUCCUGAUUUUACCGUAUCAACAGAUGAAGUUCUCAAUGGGAGGGAGUUCAAGCUGGUAGAUAGCACAGUGACAGCGUUCUACAUCUUGUAGCUGGAAAUGUGGGAAGAAGCAUGCUGGGGUCUAGGGAAGGUGCUUCUGUAUAAAAUUCAGACAAUCAGUCCCCUUCCCCUUGGAGACGAGAAGAGGAGGGAGAAGAUACCCUUUCUCUCUGUUUUCCAGGAGCCAUGUCCACAAGAGGAGCUGGCAGACCAGGAGUCACCCAACUGGGGAAACUCUCACUUUCUCAUUAUCUGAACAUGUCCCCCUCUGCUAUUCUUUCUAACAUGUCAUAAAUGCUGUUCAAACACUGUUCAUCUCCGACUGUUUCGUAUGUGUGACAUUUGCCUUAAAACAUAGCAGAGUCCUCAAACAUGAAUACAGUAUUUCUA